AUGCUGGCCACCCGCUCCUCGGCUGCCAGCAAGCCCUCCCGCGCAAGCGCGCAACUCAAGCAAAAGGGCUCAAACGCUCAACGAAACGGUGGCAACGACCAGGAUGAAGAGGAUGACCUGAUUGAACAGCUCAACAGGAAACUGUCCAAUGUCACUCUCAACCCCUCCACCAACAUCCCUGACGAGAUGAACAUCACCGACAUCUCCACCAUGUUGCCUGCCUUUGCCCAGCCACUCUACAACCUGCUGGCCUCCGGGAACUAUGAACAGCAGCUGCUUGCCAUGGUCCGCAUCCGCAAGUACCUGUCCCUCCAGGACGUGCUGCCUAGGAUCGAUCAUGUACUCGCGCUCGACUGCAUCAACUUCUUUAUUACCUUCCUGAACAUGAGCGAUUGCCCUGAUCUCCAGUACGAGACGGCCUGGGUUGUCACGAACAUUGCUGCAGGAACCACGGCUCAAACUGAAAAGUUGGUGGAGGCAGGCAUUCUGGCUCCUCUCAUUCACAACCUGCGUGUCUCGCGAUGUGUCCAUGUCCAGACCCAGACGAUUUGGGCGCUUGGAAAUAUCUCUGGUGACGGACCACCUUACAGGGACCUCAUUUUGAGAUCGGGCGCAUUAGAAGUGAUUCUUCAGCUUAUUGAGAUGUGCGAAGACCCUACUGUUGCCAAGGAGCAAAAGUACAUGAUCCUCAAGAUUGCAGUGUGGUGCGUGUCAAAUCUCUGCCGAGGUAGUGGCCGUCUUGCUCCCGAGUGGCUCCAGGUCACUCCUGCGUUCCCUAUGUUGAGGCGAUUGAUGUAUAUUGACGAGACAGACAUUCUUGCCGACACUUGCUGGGCUAUGUGUCGUAUUUUGAACGGGACUCACAAGAUGAACUUGGAGAACGUGGUCAUCGACCACGAGUUGUGCGCGCGCUUUGUCGCAUUACUGAGUGAACCACAUCCAACGAUCCAGGUGCCUUCGUUGCGGUCAUUGAUUAACAUUGCUUCAGGACCCGAACACCACACCCAACUUUUGAUUGACGCAAUGGCUAUUCCGAUCUUAGGGUCUCCCGAACUCUUGGCUCAUCCAAACAGCACUAUUCGGCGUGAUGCUCUCUUGGGAAUCUCCAACAUUACAGCAGGAACUGCAGACCAAGUGAGAGAGGUGACCGUUCAGGACAAUGGAAACGUCAUGCGCCGGGUCCUGGAGAUCCUGAGGCGAGGAGAUUUGGGCGGAGAGGAACAAGGCGAAGACGGCCCCGAAUUCCUCACGGAGGGUGGCGACUGGCGUGUGUUACGUGAAGCUGCUUGGGUGGUUAGCAAUGCCACAAGUGUGUUGGACCUGGAAAUCACGGGCCACCUUGUAUAUCGUCUGGAGUUGCUACCAUCAAUCGCACAGUUGAUUGACCCCCGCAAGACUAGGAAGACAUCAUAUGUUCUCCCACCGAUUGGACUGAUGCACACGGCGUUGUUGACUAAACUGCUAGAUGUUGUGUUUAACGUUCUGCGGUGUAACGAGCAUCACCCCAAGGAGCAGUUCAUGAAACUGUGGGUGGUGGAUUGCGAGGGAGGAUUGAUCCUGCUGGAGCUGUUGAGGUUGUCGACCCAAACACCGAGCGAGACCGAGUUGAAAUAUCUAGACAACAGCAAGAUGCUGCCGCGGCCACUGCAGCACCUUCGAUUCACACAGAAUGACAAUGGCGAGAUGUCGAGCACAAGUACCAGAUCGGGACAGGUGACGAUGGCACCCCUGGGAGCUUCAGUCAAGAAGCGCGUUGAGACGAUUCUGGAUAACUUUUUCGAGUUUGGACCUGAGAAUGAAGGGUUCGGACCAUUCUUUAGCGAGAGACAACAGGGAUCAGCCAGCGGUCGGGGGCGUCGAGAGGGAUACGGAUCAGAUUACCACGAGGAUGGCGAGGAUGAGGAUCUGGACGAUGACGAGUACCCUGAUAGCAAUGGAUACUACAGCCAUCACGUACAAGGAGGACGGGGCGGUGGAUCGAAUGAUGUCGACUUUGACCUUGAUGAUAUGGAGGAGCGCGUCAGUCGGAUGAAUCUUGCGUAA